GCAACUUUCUCCCUCGCAGCGCCCCGCCCGCCCGCGGCUCCCCAGCCCCUGGCCGUGAGGCCCAGAUGGGGGAACCCCGGGCAGGGGCCCCCCUGGAUGAUGGCAGCGGCUGGACAGGAAGUGAGGAAGGAAGUGAGGAGGGCACCGGUGGCAGUGAGGGGGCAGGAGGAGAUGGCGGCUCAGAUGCGGAGGGCGUCUGGAGCCCCGACAUUGAGCAGAGCUUCCAGGAGGCCCUGGCCAUCUACCCGCCUUGUGGCCGGCGGAAAAUCAUCCUGUCUGACGAAGGCAAGAUGUAUGGUCGCAAUGAAUUGAUUGCCCGCUACAUCAAGCUGAGAACUGGGAAGACCCGAACUCGCAAACAGGUCUCCAGUCACAUCCAGGUUUUGGCCCGAAGGAAAUCGAGGGAAAUUCAGUCCAAACUCAAGGACCAGGUUUCCAAGGACAAAGCUUUUCAGACAAUGGCCACCAUGUCCUCAGCCCAGCUCAUCUCAGCACCUUCCCUGCAGGCCAAACUGGGUCCUGCUGGUCCUCAGGCCUCUGAGCUCUUCCAGUUUUGGUCGGGCAGCUCUGGGCCUCCGUGGAACGUUCCUGAUGUGAAGCCAUUCUCACAGACUCCAUUCUCCUUGUCACUGACUCCCCCAUCUGCUGACCUUCCAGGGUACGAGCCCCCCCCAGCCCUCUCUCCCCCUGCCUUGCCCCCUCCUGCCCCCUCACCCCCAGCCUGGCAGGCUCGGGCCUUGGGCACUGCACGGCUGCAGCUGGUAGAAUUCUCCGCCUUUGUGGAGCCACCCGAUGCAGUUGAUUCUUACCAGAGGCACCUCUUUGUCCACAUCAGCCAGCACUGCCCCAGCCCUGGUGCACCCCCUCUUGAGAGUGUGGAUGUUCGGCAGAUCUACGACAAGUUCCCGGAGAAAAAGGGGGGCCUGCGGGAGCUGUACGAUCGUGGCCCCCCCCACGCCUUUUUCCUGGUCAAGUUCUGGGCGGACCUGAACUGGGGUCCAAGUGGUGAGGAGGUUGGGACCAGUGGGGCCAGUGGUGGAGGCGGCGGCUUCUACGGCGUGAGCAGUCAGUACGAGAGCCUGGAGCGCAUGACGCUCACCUGCUCCUCCAAGGUCUGCUCCUUUGGCAAGCAGGUGGUGGAGAAGGUGGAGACAGAGCGUGCACAGCUGGAGGAUGGGAGGUUCGUGUACCGUUUGCUGCGCUCCCCCAUGUGUGAGUACCUGGUGAACUUCCUCCACAAGCUGCGCCAGCUGCCGGAGCGCUACAUGAUGAACAGCGUCCUGGAGAACUUCACCAUCCUCCAGGUGGUGACAAACAGGGACACGCAGGAGCUGCUGCUAUGCACCGCCUACGUCUUUGAGGUGUCCACCAGUGAGCGUGGGGCCCAGCACCAUAUUUACCGCCUGGUCAGGGACUGAAGGGAGAACCCCAGGACUGGUUCCCCACACACAUCCUCCACUCAGAAGAACCUCCUGCUUCUCACCUACUUCUUGUUUGGGGUGAGGGGCUGGGCCACUUGCCAUUAGAGGAGAGAAAUGGCUUCAGGGGACCUCACAAGAGUAUCUGAAAGGUGACAGCCACUCCAGCUCAUCAGGGGACAGGAAGGACGCAGGCCCCUGAGAUAAGCACUGGCUCCUCAGACUCCCCCAGAGACCUCCCCCCAGCCCGCCCCUGCCCCCCUGUGACCCAUCUUCUGUUCUGAAUGUUUGGAGGGUAGGGGCUAUUUUUCAUCCCCCUCUUGCCCACCCUCCCCCUUGACCUUGACUAUUGAACGUUAACCAUUUCUGUACAGGAGUAGAUCCAGGUGGGCCCUGGGAGGAUAUUUUUUUUUUAAUAUAACAGAUAUUUAUAAGUGGG